AUGCAAAAUGUCAACACAGAGGACUUCCCGUCAAUCUGGGAAAAUCUGGAUCAAAGGGAAGUCCUCCAUUUGGGACCCCCAUCAGCCAACAUUAAGACCGCCUCCAAAGCAACAACAAGUCGCACUUUGGACGCCGAAAAAAAACCUUCAACGGUGCCUCAGCCUCUGAAGACGAACCCAGUGAACGAGAAAGCCCAAGCUCCGAAGCAAAACGGCAACAAGCCCUCUACAAAAUGGCUCAAAGGCAGAAAAGAAAAACUCCAAAAAAUUCUUGCAGGACUCAAACUACAAAAAAAACAGGCAAAAGACGUCGUGAAAGAUACACAAGUUAAACUGGAAAAUGCCCGAAAAAAUGUCCGGGACGGCAUUCACAGAUCUGCAGCCACUGGAAGAAAUGACAGACCAGGCAACAACUAUUAUUACUACUACGGAGGUUCAUCAUCAAACUACCAGGGUAGCCCAGACCACCAGGGUUGUCCAGAGCAAGAGGCUAUUCCAGAGCAACAGGCUAUUCCCAGUGUACAAGACGAGGAUAGUCUCGGCAUACCAGAUGUAGAAACUCUCGGCAUACCGGAUGUAGAAACUGAGGAAUCUUCAAACGCAUUGUCUCUUUCCUGA